AUGUGUGACAAUAAUGAAAAAGUUUCGACUACGCAGCGAAUGAUCCAAAGUGUAGCUUUCCCUCCCAGCCAUAAGCUCACCGUAUCAGAAGUAUUCGAUGAGAAAACGGGCAAACCUCUUCCAGAUGUACUUAAGCAACAUUUUAUUUUAGAAGGCCGGAUUGAGGAAAAUGCGGCUCUACGAAUUAUCCAAGAUGGUGCCACCCUUCUUCGUUCAGAAAAAACCAUGAUCGAAAUUGAUUCCCCGGUCACCGUAUGUGGAGACGUCCAUGGGCAGUUUUACGAUUUGAUGAAAUUGUUCGAAGUUGGAGGUUCUCCUUCAUGCACCAAGUAUUUAUUCUUAGGUGAUUAUGUUGACAGAGGUUACUUCAGUAUAGAAUGUGUACUCUACCUGUGGGCUUUGAAAAUUUGCUAUCCGAAGACCUUAUUUCUAUUACGCGGUAAUCACGAAUGCCGACACUUAACAGAAUAUUUUACCUUCAAACAAGAAUGCAAGAUCAAAUACUCUGAAAAAGUAUAUGAUGCAUGUAUGGAUGCUUUUGAUUGCCUACCUUUGGCUGCACUUAUGAACCAGCAGUUCCUGUGUGUCCAUGGGGGUCUAUCUCCAGAAAUAAGCAGUUUAGAUGAUAUUCGUAAACUAGAUAGAUUCAAAGAGCCUCCGGCAUAUGGAGCUAUGUGUGAUCUACUGUGGUCAGAUCCAUUGGAAGAUUUUGGUAAUGAGAAAAAUGCAGAACAUUUCUCACACAACUCUGUAAGAGGCUGUUCUUACUUCUACAGCUAUGCUGCAUGUUGUGAUUUUCUUCAAAGAAAUAAUUUAUUAUCUAUUAUUCGAGCUCAUGAAGCACAAGAUGCAGGAUAUCGAAUGUAUCGUAAAAGUCAAACAACUGGAUUCCCCAGUCUUAUCACUAUUUUCUCAGCUCCUAACUAUUUGGAUGUAUACAACAACAAGGCUGCAGUUCUUAAAUAUGAAAAUAAUGUUAUGAACAUCAGGCAAUUUAACUGCUCACCCCAUCCUUACUGGUUACCAAACUUCAUGGAUGUCUUUACAUGGUCACUUCCCUUUGUUGGUGAGAAAGUGACUGAAAUGUUGGUUAAUGUAUUAAAUAUUUGUUCUGAUGAUGAGCUGAUGACGGAAGGUGAAGAUGCUUUGGAGGAAGCUAAUCUCAGGAAAGAGGUCAUUCGCAAUAAGAUAAGAGCCAUUGGUAAGAUGGCUCAUGUAUUCUCUGUGCUACGGGAAGAGAGUGAGUCUGUUUUGCAACUUAAAGGACUAACACCCACUGGUGCAUUACCCUUGGGUGCCCUUUCUGGAGGUAAAACGUCACUUAAGAAUGCACUGCAGGGCUUUUCACCAAAUCAUAAGAUCACCUCUUUUGCUGAGGCCAAAGGCUUGGAUGCCAUUAAUGAGCGCAUGCCUCCAAGGCGUGAUGGCCAACGCACACCGGAUACUCAAGAAAAGAAGCCACAUGUUAACAGCAAUGCACACUCGUGA